AUGUCUGAAGAAAGUACCACAGCAGAUGUUCACGUCCCAAGUUCGGUCGCCAUCCACCACCUUGAACUCAUUCAUGGGGAUUCAUACUCACAUUUUUCCGAAAGGCCCAUCAACAUCAAGCCGAACGUGAUAGGAAAGCCCGGUACGCCCGUCGUGCUUGGUGUCGACGAGGCAGGCCGUGGGCCGGUCAUAGGGCCUAUGGUCUACGGCGUCUUCUACUUGCCGGUUGAGAUUCAGCAGUCCCUCCUGACCAACACCUACCGCUUCGACGACAGUAAAGCACUGACCCCUGCUGUCCGGGCCAACCUCAUGAGAGCAGUGUGCACCGAGACAACAGAUCUCUACGCAUCAUGCGGUUGGGCAAUUCGAUCGCUCAGCGCGAGAGAUAUUUCCGCCGGGAUGAUGAAGAAUGGCGGGGCGUACAACUUGAAUGCCCAAGCAAUGGACACGACAUUCGACCUCAUCCAGGGAGUUCUGGACAAGGGAAUCAACAUUACAGAAAUCUACGUUGACACGGUGGGCAUCCCCACUGUAUAUCAGAAGAAACUGGAGAGGAUCUUCCCUACAAUUAAGAUCACAGUCGAAAAGAAGGCCGAUUCACUGUAUCCGUGCGUCAGUGCCGCCAGUGUCGUCGCCAAAGUCACCCGCGAUGUCAGCUGUGAGAAGCUGUACGAGGAGUAUGCCCGGAUGAAGGGCGAGGAGCACGACGCCGCGGGCUGGGGCAGCGGCUAUCCAUCAGAUGCGAGAUGUGUGGCCUGGUUAAGGGAGGCACUGGACCCGACGUUUGGUUGGGGAAAUGAGUGCAGAUUCAGUUGGGGAACCGUCAAAGAUAUGCUGGAUGCGAAAGGUGGCCCGGGCACACGAGUAGACUGGCCUGCAUUGGGUGAUGAGGACUCCAACAUGCAACUGUCGAACUAUUUCAGUGCAGCAUCUGCUGGACCGAAGACGGAAUCAGACGAGCUACGGCUGUGGUAUGGCAGCGGUUGUUGUGAUGUAUUUUGA